AUGAAGACGACUCGCAGGUGCAGGAGCCUCCUGUCGAUCAGCUUGAACUUCUUCGCCCUUCUCUUCUCCAUUACCGCGUUUAUAACGACGUACUGGUGCGUGGGGACCCAGAGAGUCCCCAAGCCAAAGUGCAGCAAACUGCGGACUCACCAGUGCAUAGACUACGGAGUGAACGAGACGGACCCGAACAAGGUGGUGUACAGCUGGGAGACCGGGGACGACCGCUUCCUCUUCAGACAUUUCCACACCGGCAUCUGGUACUCCUGCGAGGAGAACAUCCACGAUGAAAGUGAGAUGUGCAGAAGCUUCAUCGACUUGGCCCCUGCAUCAGAGAAAGGGAUGCUGUGGCUGUCGCUGGUUUCUGAGAUGUUGUACAUCGUCCUGCUGCUGGUGGGCUUCAGCCUGAUGUGUUUAGACCUGGUCCACUCCAGCAACGUCAUCGAUGGACUCAAGCUCAACGCCUUCGCUGCCGUCUUCACUGUGCUCUCAGGUCUUCUGGGCAUGGUGGCUCAUGUGAUGUACACACAGGUGUUCCAGGUCACUGUCAGCCUCGGCCCCCCCGACUGGAGACCCUACAACUGGGUCUACGGCUGGUCCUUUUGCAUGGCCUGGGCGUCCUUUACCUGCUGCAUGGGCGCAUCAGUCACCACCCUCAACUCCUACACCAAGACAGUCAUUGAGUUCAGGCACAAGCGCAAGACCUUUGAGCAAAGCAUCCGCGAAGAGAACGCACGGGAAGCUUUUGGAUAUUACCGCGAACGCUCCCUGCAAUCUAUCUCAAAAUCCGUGGAGGUUUAUCCCAGCCAGUCUCUGAAAAGCAGCAGGAAAACUCUCAUACCUGCGGACUCUCUGGACCUGAGUGACAUUGCAGGAUCUUUGGGGGAGGAGCAGUGCUGAGCGGGACAGGAAAGAUCAGUGGUGACAACUUGAUGAAUGGAAGAGUUGUUAUCGUUCAGGUGGAAAACACUUUGGAGGAUUUCAGGCUGUAUCAUUAGCUCAACUCUUUUUAACACUGCCUUAAUUGUGGGUGUGUUGUUGACAUUGGAAGUCACCCCUUUUCCACUGAGGCAGUUCCAGGAAUGGUUCGGAGCCGAUGUCCGUUUGCAAACCAUUUUGUUGUGUUUCCACUGCAGAGGUGCUGGCUCUCGGCUGCGUAAAUUGGUUGAACUAGGGUACCAACUAUUUGCCUGGACAGCACCAAGAGCAUAAAGCAGUAUACAUCGGACCUUUACCUCAGAGUCUUGGGCAAAAUGUACGUGACCAACAGCAGUUCAUGGCAAGUACCACGAAGAGUAGAAAGUUGUUGGAAAACUUGUGCUUGCUAGUGAAUCUAGCCUUGUAAGUAUAAGAACAAAAUGAGCUGUCCUCAGCGAGGUCCAGCAUUUUGUUAUUUUCCCUUGUGUUGCUGGGAAGAGCAGCAAAGUAAGCGAGGAUGUCAUGACGAGGGGCUAAUCACUGGAAAAGCAAAAGGGUUCAUUGGAGCUAGCCCCACUAGCCCUGCCACGGAAAUUGUCGUGGUGGAAAAGGGGUAAUGGGAGAUUCUAACCAGCUGAUACACUGGAAAAAACGGACAUGAGCUAAUCGCAUUAGAGAUGAUGUUUCCUCUUUCCUGUAAAAUGAAAAUGUGAAGUAUACUAUUAUAGAGUGAGGUGCCAAAAAACUGCAGUGAUGGCCACUUUAGGCUGGCUCCAACAGCACGUCAAUCCCCUAAGCCCCAAUGUCAAAAUGCACAACUUUACAGCAAAAAUAAAAAUGUUUACAGCCUGUUUUGUUCCGAGGUUGUUCUGUUUAGGUUUCCCUGUUCAUAAUAACUGUAAGGG